AUGCGCGUCAGGCGACCUAGCUCCUCCCUCCCUCCGCCUCUUCGCUCUCGUCGCUGCCCCCCAGCCCACCCGACCGAGGUCCGCAGGACGAUGCGGAAGGCAGUCCUCGGCGCCGUGCGGCACGCUCGCCGCCGCGCGCGCGUGCCGGUGAAGCGCCGCGCCGCGUCGGAGAGGCCGUGCGGGGCGUACCGAGGCACGGAGCCGCUGCUGCAGCCCGAGUGGGCGCCGAUGCCCUCUCGCCACUUCUGCUCGUCGGCGGGCUCCUUGCGGGACGUUCGCGCGCUGCUCUCCUGCGCUGGGGAGGGCGGGCACUCGCCGGGCGCCGCGCCGGCAGGCGGCAGGCGCAGCAUAUGA